AUGUAUUCGAAAAGGCAACGAAGAGAGGGUUACCCUAAAGGGAAUUUUCUUGCCCAAAACCGGAUAACCCAGCCAUCAGAGUUCCGGUUCAGCAGACUUGGAGAAAUGGUUCGAAGAAGAGGAGGUGCGAUCGACGGAAUGCGUCAAAGAGGAAGACAACGUCGAGAGGCUGAUGGCGAGGGAGCUGCUCCUGAGGUUGAUCCGCAGCAUCCGGCAUUUCCCGGAGGACCUACGGAUACAUCAUUAUUGGUUAGAUAUCAGAGGCACGUUGCAUAUCAUUUAUGGUUGGGCGAGGUACGAGAGACAACCAAAGCCGACCUUAAAGGUUGCUGCACAUGGCAGCAAAUUAAUAGGAUGGGUUCCGGCAAUGCUCCCAAGGCAGAUGGAAAAUUGGUAGUUGCAUCUGGCCUUUCAUCUUUGCAGCAUACUAGUUUGUCGAGGGUAGAUACGCAUCUAUUAUCUGCUUUUGUUGAGAGAUGGCAUCCUGAAACAUCGUCAUUUCAUAUGCCGUUCGGCGAGAUGACCAUCACACUAGACGAUGUUUCUUGUCUUCUUCAUGUACCGAUUAGGGGCCAGCUGGUUGACCCCGAUGUUGUUGUCACCGAUUAUGAUGCCAUCCAUCUAGCUGUUGAGUUGUUUGGUGUUUCACUGAGUGAUGCAACUGAGGAGGCUUCUGCUGUAAGGGGUCCUUACUAUAAAUUAGAUUGGUUGAAGCAAGUUUUUGAGCAACAAAGAGCUGCGAAUAAAUUUACAGGCGCUAUGAGAGCAUACAUGAUGUUGCUAUUAGGUUGUACCAUUCUUGCCGACAAGACGUUUACUCUUGUCGAGGCAAAAUAUCUUCCACUUUUGAGAGAUUUGGAUAAUUGUGGAAGCUAUUGCUGGGGGGCAGCUGCACUGGUUACUCUGUAUAGAUACUUAGGGGAUGCCUCAUUUUAUUCAUGCAAGCAGCUUGGCGGUUAUGCCUCUCUUCUUCAGGUUUAA